AUGAAGACGUCGUGGACUGCGUUGGUGGUAGGCGCUAUAGCGCUCAUGGACUCUGUGGAUGCUACGUGCAAGUCUUCGUGCCAGUCGCAGCUCGUGCACUACCGUGAGGAAGCGUGUCAGAAGUGGCGCGAGAGGCUGCCACGUCCGGAUCUGUUCAACCACUGCGGUCAGGGAUUUAACAAGGGCAAGACUGCAGGAUGUGAAGGAUUCUGCAAGGAGGUUCCUGAUAUGGGAGUCAUGAAGUCGCUGCGUUUGGAUGCUUGCACGUCGUUGAAGGGUGUUCCACCGAGCGAGCGCCAACAAGCGUGCCAGGCUGGCUUCUCUGCUGCCUUAGAACUAGCGAAAGAUGCAGCUGAGCCUGACUUAGACAAAGAGACAGCGAAUGCUGCUGCGGAUGCGAACGAUCAGAGCAGUCAAGCCACAGCGACGGAUGCUGGAACGGCACGCAAACUUGAAGAGUCUGGUGACACGAAGAGAAAGGUCAACGUCAAGAAAAUUAUCCCCGAACCAGACCGCAGAAACAUGCUGGAGGAUGCCCGCAAAGAGGCAGAGGCUGCUUUCGCGAGCGUACAGGAGAAUAAGGCAGAGCUCUAA